ACACUUUUGAAUUAAUCCAUAUUCAGAAAAGUAUAAUUUACCAUAUGGACUUUUAUUAUUUUCAUCUGUUUUAUUACUAUUUUUAUUACUUUUAAUAAUCUUUAUCACAAUUUAUUUACGCAAGCUCGUUUACCGAUACUAUAGAAGCAUAAUUAGUACAGUGUUUCUGCUUAUUCAUAAUUUAUUUAUCCGUCUCUGAAGGCACGUACGCUACGAGCGAUAAAUUGUCUAUAGCCUUUAGGUUUGAAUCGUGUAACCGAGAGGAAUAUAGUGCGAAGUAAGUCGAUUCUGACUGGUCGAUUUUAACGCAAUGAAACGAGUGAUAUUAACCAAUCAUAUUUUAUUGCAAAUGUGUAUAUAAAAAGAAAUAAAUUUACUGAAUUGAUCAUUAUGUUAGAAAUAAUUUAAAUAGUAACUAAUAUUUAUUAAUUGUGGAUAUGAAGUUUAACGUGAUAUUUUAUUGUUAAUAAUAUUCGUGUUACGGAUAUGUGAUUUCGAAUCGCAGAUUCUUUUUUAAAUCUACUGUGUAAUAGCUGUGUAAUCAUUUUUCUAAACAUAUUAAAAGUUAUAUAAAAAAAUUAAUUUUAUGUUUUAUGCGUAUUAUUCUGAUCGAAAUAUAUUAUAACAACCAUUUGCUUUAGUAACUUCUUAAUAAGGUUACGUUCUUUUUAUUUUAUGUGAUUCACUUUAUUAAGAAAAUGCAUGGCGGUACACUUCGAAUUGUUAACUUUUUGUUUGUGCAAAAACGUUUUUGUUCUCAACAAGUGAGAGUGAGAUUUGCUCCAAGUCCUACUGGAUACUUGCAUUUGGGAGGCUUACGUACAGCUCUGUACAAUUAUUUAUUUGCGCGUGCUAAUAAUGGCUCGUUUAUUUUACGAAUUGAGGAUACCGAUCAAUCUAGAACAGUACCAGGUGCAAUAGAAAAAUUGCACGAUGACUUGAUAUGGGUUGGAAUUAUAUCCGAUGAAGAUCCGAUGAGAGGUGGCCCAUACGGGCCUUAUCUUCAAUCUAAACGCCUUGAUAUAUAUAAAGAAAAUAUAAAAACUCUUCUUGAAAAUAAGACUGCGUAUUAUUGUUUUUGCUCAGAGAAUAGAAUGAAUUUAUUAAGACGAGAAGCGGUAAAAAAUGGACAUGUACCUAAAUAUGAUAACAAAUGUAGAUAUUCUACUGACAGUGAAGUCAAUGAAAAAUUAAGAAAUGGAGUACCAUAUUGUAUUAGAUUUAAGCUAUCAUCAAACAUAGAAAUAUUCGAUGAUCUGAUUUAUGGUCGUGUAGCUCACGAUAUUACACAGGUUGAAGGUGAUCCUAUAAUCAUGAAAAGCGAUGGUUUUCCUACUUAUCAUUUUGCAAAUGUUGUUGAUGAUCAUUACAUGGAAAUUUCUCAUGUUCUGAGAGGAGUAGAGUGGCAAAUAUCUACCCCAAAACAUUUAAUGCUUUAUAAAGCAUUUGGUUGGGUGCCACCUAUUUAUGGUCAUUUACCUUUAAUAUUAAAUAGCGACGGUACAAAAUUAUCUAAACGACAAGAUGGAAUUAGAGUCGAUUCAUUUCGAAAUUCUAAUAUUUUUCCAUUGGCAUUAUUAAAUUAUGUUACUCAGGCUGGUGGUGGUUUCAUAAGAAAUUCAGAUGUUCAACUAUAUACUUAUGAAAAUUUGAUUAAACAGUUCGAUAUUAAAAGGAUAAAUGCAAAUUCUUCAAAAUUAGCACCUGAGAAAUUAUUAGAACUUAAUAAGUUAGAAAUAUCACGGUUAUUAAGCAAUCAAAAUAAUUAUAAAUUUUUGGUUGAAAGAGUAAAAAAAAUAGUAAAAGAAGCAUUUCCAAAUUGCAAAGAUAAAAUACUUAAAUUAGAUGAAGAUUAUAUUGUUACAACUUUGAAAUGGGCACAAGAUAGAAUUAGUAAGUUAAGCGAUCUUGUAAAACCUGAUUUUGCGUUUAUAUGGGUUAUACCAAGUUCUCUUCCUGACAUUACUUCAUCUAAAUGUAUAGAUGCUAUUAAAAAUUUGGACAAGAAAUUAACUGAGACUGAUGAGAAUAGUUUAUCAACGGAUAUAUUGAAAUUAUACUUGAAAGAACUUGCUGAGAAAAAUGACGUUUCAUUUCCUAGCUUGAUGAAAACGCUUCGUAAAAUUCUUAGUGGUUUAGAGAAAGGACCAAGUGUAGUCGAAAUGAUCGAAAUUUUGGGAAAAAAUGAGACACAAUCACGUUUAAAACGUUGUCUUCCAUGAAAAAACACAAUGAUAUUAGAUAUUGGAUGAAACUGCUUAAAGGCUCGUGUUAUAAUCUUUAAAACACAUAACAUAUUGAAAUACUUCAAUUAAUGAACAGUAUGUUCAACUAUAUUUUCAGUUUUAUCUAAGUAAACGCAAAAAAAGGUAAUAUGUAACUAAGAACUUUUCAUUAAUAAUGAUUCAAAAGUUUGCUGCUUCCCUUGUAUAUAAUAAUGUUUUAUAUAAAAUCCUUUUAAUAUAUUUGACUUUAAUAUUACAUUUUCUUCAUUAUUUCUAAACAUGAAAAUAGUACAAAUAAAAUAUGACAUGAAGAUUAUAUGUGAUCAUUAAUUCAUUAUAAUUAUAUAGAUAUUUUUCAUCGGAUAGAUAAAUUUUAUAUUGCCGAAUACUUUUAUUUGAUAUCGAUAAGAGUUAUGAUAUAACUAAAUCAUAAAGCUAUUUAUUGGCAGCUUCUUGGAAUAUUACCAGAGUAAUUGAUCUUUUCUAAUCAAUAUAAAAAAUCUAAGAUAAUUUUAAUAUAGUUAUAUAGAUCUCUUAUGAUAGAAUAUAAAAAUGUAGUCUUCAGUAGGAUAUGUCAAUGAUCGAGCAUUCAAUUUAAUCGCCAUCUAGCGCCGAAAUAUUGUAAUUAAUUUUGACAGUGCAUCGCCUGAUGAUAGGCAACAUUAGUAUAUAACUAAGAGUAAGAUUUGAAUAAAGCUUUCCAGAUGUUUUUUCUCAUUA